UGAAUCCUUUCCAGUGUGUUUCAACAAUAUUCCAUCGAAUAGUGUCGCGCGUCAAUCAUUUCUUUUUUCUAAACAACAAUUUUAUGUUGUUUUUCUAUCGAUUUUUUUAAGUUCGUUCACACAUUCAAAAACUAAGAGCAAAAAAUGAAAUUUACUGAGAAGCGCACUCUGUUAGCGUUCAUGUUUAUCAUUUCUCUGGUGCAUGCGACCGCAAGUAAAUUACUCCCUCUGGAGAUUGCCAGACAGCAACUGCAACCAUCAGUGUCAGAUUCGCUGGAUUCUCCACGUAUUGUUGGUGGUUCAGCAGCGGGAACAAAUCAGUUCCCGCACCAAGUGGCGUUACUCCGUUCCGGCAAAUCACUCAGUUGUGGUGGUUCGCUGAUCCACACGAAAUGGGUCCUGACGGCUGCUCACUGUGUGUCCAGCGGAAAUCAAGUUAUACAACCAUCGCAAAUCACAGUCCUGGCUGGCACGGUCAACCUCGGUAAAGGUGGUAUACGACGCAGUGUACGACGAAUUAUACCGCACGAGCGUUACGGCAAUUUCCAAAACGACAUCGCAUUAUUGGAGCUAACACAAUCCUAUCUGCCAAGUUCAUCGAUUCGAACGAUACCGCUCGCUCGUUCGGAAAUUCCGGCUGGCAGCACGGUUAUCAUUUCUGGAUGGGGUCGCCUUUACGCUAAUGGUCCACUUCCCAGUGUGUUGCAGUACAAUCGGGUAACAGCUGUCUCCAAUAGGGACUGCAUAGCGCAAACUGGAAUUAGCUCUGGACUGUUGUGCCUCAAAUCUGCCGUUAACAAUGGAGCCUGUAAUGGCGACUCUGGUGGACCGGCGGUCUAUAACAAUCAACUGGUUGGUGUGGCUAACUUCGCUAUCAAUUACUGCGGAUCAGGCGCACCGGAUGGCUAUGCGAAAGUCUCCGAUUUUGUGAAGUGGAUCGAGUCGAAAGUUAAUUAAUUGAUUACAAAGUUUGAAAAGCGGAAACAUAAUAAAAUAAUGAAUAAUCACAAA